AUGCAAAAGAACGUUGGCCAUGUGAGAGGUUUCUUCGGUAUACUGGUGAGGCCGGAGGGGAGAGCAAUCCCGUGUGACCACUACGCUCCGAUGUUUAUUGCUGACAUCACCUGUUUCCUCAUCAUCAUCUUUGGCUAUUCCAGCUUCGGGACGGAUUCGUCUGGAGGUGAUGUCGCAGCAUAUUUCUCGGAAAACAAGGUCCCUGGAACGCUGGUUUCAAUGUUAAUUAUCCAAUUUGUCUUGAUUAUUUUUGAUCGAGCUCUAUUUCUGAGGAAAUUCCUUGUCGGCAAGAUCAUUUUCCAAGUUGCAUUGAUUUUGUUCGUGCAUAUCUGGAUGUUCCUCUACCUUCCUGCGGCCACCGAUCGGUUAUUCAUCAACAAUACCACUUGUAAAUUUUGGUACUUUAGCAAAGUAGUCUAUUUCAUCAUCUCAGCGAAACAGAUUCGGUCUGGCUAUCCAAAGAGAAGUAUUGGAAAUAUCAUGACAAACUCGUACUCAAGGAUUAAUCUCUGUUUGUAUAAAGUUUUUAUGAUGGUUCCAUUCCUCUUUGAACUUCGUUGCUUAAUGGAUUGGAUUUGGAAAGAUACAGCACUCGGUGUCGGUGACUGGUUCCUUUUCAACGAGAUUUUCUCCCAUAUUUCGAUGCUAAAAUGCUCGCAGAAAGUGAAUUCAGAAGAGAUCGAAUCAAAGCGGAUUGGGAAGGCGUCACUCGAGAAAUACGUAAAGGGAGGGAUUUUGCUCGUGAUCAUAGUCUUUCUAAUCUGGUUCCCCCUUGUGCUAUUUUCAAUGGCAAAUACUGUUGGCAUUCGAAGUCUACCAGUUGAAUGCUCUGUCCAACUGACGAUUUCUGGAUUCCAACCGUUGUACGAAUCGACCGCUCAGCUUGGAAAUAUACACAGCCUUAGUGAGGAGGAAUACGAGACAUUACAGUAUCCCUAUAGGCUAAGCAAGGGCGCUCAAUCAUAUAUGUCAGACUAUACCUAUGAAGAUGUGGUGAGGGCUAAGAUCAACGGAAAUUCGACAUCACGAUGGAUGAUUAGCCCUCCGUCCCGACAUGCAUUGAUCGCACAAUUGGCCGAGCAGCCCAAAGUCGAUUUCAAAUUUAGCUGGUACUUUAAAAGGGCGCCCGACCCAAAUCUGCAAUUCGGUGUUGCCGAAGAUUUUCGAAUAAUUUCGUUGAACUCAACGCAUCCAGCCCGGCAAGGAUUGGUAAAUAUGCUGAGAGGAGAACAGAACGCCACUGUGCGGAUACCAAAUGUGUUUCCACAGUUGAUGAAAGUACCACCAGAUGGAAAGGCGGAUGCCGUUGGCGCUUUAUUAGGCGAACAUGUGAAGCAAGGUACCCCAACAAACCAAUCAUUUGCUGAUGUUUUGCUUUCGUUAAACAAAGAAGAUGGACAUGAAUGGUGGACAGUUAGAAUGAUUGAUCGUCACUUUGAUCCCGUCAAAAUUACUGAAGAAGAAGUAAUUAACGGGAUUGUCGUCCACGGCUUCGUCGACAAGGUCUUCUCCACAUCCUUCCUAAUCCAAUUCUUGACUGGUGGUGGCAUCCUUGGUCUCUAUUUAUCAUUGGUGCUCCUCGUUGGCAAAUUUAUGCGCGAUAUGGCUACAGGAUCUAUGCCGCAAAUUAUGUUUGACCAACUGCCAAAUGUGGACGACAUCCUGCAAAUGUGUUUGGAUAUUAUGCUGGUACGCGAGGCCGGCGAACUGGAGCUGGAAGAGGAGCUGUUUGGAAGACUCGUUUUCUUGUUCCGCUCGCCUGCACUCCUCAUCAAAAUGACAAGAGACAAGGGGCGAGGAGAAUCCACGCAGACGCCA